UUUGUUUGUUUUUUCGUUGUUGGUCGAAUUUUUGUCAGUCAUAUGUUUUUCACAGUCACUCCUGAUUAAUCCUAAUAUAAAUAUACCCAGGUAUUAUUAGUCAGUCAAUAAGUCUAUGUAUUCAACACAUACUUAUCGUAUGUUUGUUGUGAAAUUGAUGACAAUUGACUUUCCGCAACUUUAAAAUCAUACUCGUUACAUAUACAAGCACUAGCCUAUCAACUAUGUUUGCGCAGUUGCUGUUAUGUAUGAGUCUAGUUGUCCAUUUCAUUGAAGCAUAUCUGUCAUCAUCUGAGGCGGUUGUUCAAACAAGUGGAGGACUCCAUCAUAUAGAAGCGAACAAUCAUUUUCUCAACAGAAAUAAACGGACACUAAAAACAAAUUUUGGUCCACAGUCGACAUACAUAACUCAGAAUGGUCUGACAUGUCUUGUCUGUCCUCCUGGUUUGUACAGAAAAUCUGACUGCACAGCAAAUGGAACAAAAGCAGUAUGUGAACCAUGUCCGGACGGAUAUUAUAAUAACCAAUACAAUAUAGCAACUAGCUGUGCUCUAUGUAGUCCUUACUGCAUUGACAAAAAUGCAGCACCGGAAAGCACAUGUAACGCCACUGCUGAUAUGACAUGUCGAUGUAAAUAUGGCUAUUUUAAUCAUUCAAAAGGUAGCGGUGAAUGGAUAUGUAUAAAACAUAGUCCUUGCCAACCAGGAACGGAAGUACAGACAACCGGCACACCUGAACACGAUACAGUAUGUACCAUGUGUGAGAAGGGAACGUUUUCUCCUAAGGUCUCAUUAACAGCCAAAUGUUUGCCAUGCUCGACAUGUGAUGGUGAACGAAAAGUUAAAAAAGCCUGUGACGAAACAACUGACGUCAUUUGUGUUUCACACGAUGAGACGGCUAUAGUUAACAUAGUUGUUCCUGUAGUUUUAACUCUAAUAGUGAUAGCUGGUAUAGGCUUAGCUGUGGUGUGUCUUUACAGAAAGGGGAAACUAAACCAUUGCAAAAAAUCUGGUAAGAAGACGGAUGAAGAUUGUGAGCCUUAUGUCGGAAUAGACUUAAACGAAAACACAAUCAAUGAACGAAAAGAAUUGUGUUGUCCUAAAGCUGAAAUUGAAAUCGAAAUGUACCCUAUACCACCAGUAAACCACAAUCAAACAGACGACUCAAUCCAAAAUGAGGUUACAUGGAGUCAGUUAUUCACGGAAGUUUCUGCUAAAAUACGCCUCGCAGAUUCCAUCUGGGUUGAUUUCUUGAGAAAACUAUUCAGUAAAGUAUAUCCAAAUGUUGAAGAAAUAGAUAAUAAAAUAGACGAAGUUCGCAUUGAUCACCAACAUAACGGAGUCAAGGAACAAAUAUACCGAUGUUUAGUUGCAUGGAAGAAAAGAGCUGCCGAUGGCGCAUGCCUUGAAGAUAUAUUACAAGCCUUAGAUACCUGUCGCAUGCAAACUUUCAGCAGUCAAUUAAAAUUGAAAUAUGCAUCUCUUUAUCGUAGAACCGAUAUAACGGAAGCUGACGAUUGUCUUAGAGAACAAGACUAACUUAUGAAAAGAUUUUUUCUUUGCAAGUAAAGAAAUAAGACAUGCUAUGGUACAUUUCUCAAACUUCAUCAUAUCGUUUUAGUCAAUGCACAUGCAUGUAUGUAAAAGACUGUCGGUUAUUUCUAAAAUGCUUUGACCUGUGUUUGUCUUUCAAUUGAUUUGGCCAUUGACAUCAGUCUUUCAGACAGUUGAGGGACCAGAGUCUCUGCAAAGUCUGUUUAGAUUUAGAAGCAUGCAUUGCCUUUCUACCUUGUGGACAUAUUGUACGUUGUAAUGACUGUGCUCCUGUCAUGAAAAAAUGUCCUAUAUGUAGGACGUAUAUCAAAGGAACUGUAAAAACUUAUCUAGCACUACUUUUAGUUAUGAGAAUCCGAAAAUCAAAUGAUUUAGAGGAAGAUCACAUAAUCAUGUAACAUUUGAAUUUGCCUUGAAUUUUCCUAUUGGCAUUCGUCCUCCAAUGGAUUUGUCUUUCAGUCAUUAUGGGUUUUCUAUACAUUUAAACAAGUUGAUAUCUUGUCUAGUCAAAUAAUUUAUUAGUAGAAAUAUUAUAUGUAGUUAACUUUUGUUUGUUUUUGCAGUGUAUGGUUUUUAAGUUUAUCAAUAAUACUACUUAGAUAAUAAGAUAAUUAUUAAUUUAAGUUGUGAUAAAAGAGAACCAGCAAUAAAAUUACGUUAAUGAAGCUGUA